CUUUCAUGAGUUCAACUCAAGUUCAGUAAUGGAAUUACUGCUCCUUAUCAUUCUUAUAACAAACGCCGAAACAGUUAACAGAAACACAAUAGAAUAUUUUCAAAAGCAUCAAUGCUAUUUAAAAGAUGUGUUAGCCAGCAUGCACCACAGCCCAAACCAACUGGCCGUCGACAGGAAGACAAACACAUUGUACUUCAGCUCUGAUGUCGACGGUGAAUACGUGCCUGUGAUUCUCGAUAUUAACAGUAAAGACCUCAAGCUUAUCAAAGGCGUUAAAGACGCUUAUGCUAUAGCCAGCAACAACAUUGACGACGAGAUAUACUUCGGAGGAAGCAACGGCAUCCACAGAUACCGACCAGUCGAUAAAACUCUUACGAGCUUAGCAAUCACAAAUUUAGAUAUCUGGUGGCUAAAUUUCAAGAAAAACAUUUAUUUCAUCCAGUUCCCUCAUUUAAAUGUGUACGUAUACAAAGAUAGGACGAUUAAGGUAGUGCGCCAACUGAAAAAUACGCAAGUGAAUCAAUUUGUUUUUGAUAGAGAAGGGUACAUUUUUUUUGUGAACGUGUCUGGGUUGUAUGGUGUCAAGAAAAUAUCACACGAGCAUAUCUUAUUGCGCGCUAAGCCUCAGUUUUUAGGCAUGGCUUCGGAUAAUGAAGGCGCAGUGUUUGUGAGCAGUGACAGUGCUAUAUAUAUGGUGAAUAAGACUGAUCAGAAAGUUAAAAGAGUAGUGCGUGUCCCUGGAGUGAUGGCCAUGGCGUUUGAUAAUGAGAAUCAUUUGAUCUACUCGAACGGUCAGGAGUUGGUGCGACUGUUGGCGGUGACUGAAACCAGUGAAGAUGGUGACACAUACUUUUGUAAUUAAAUCUUGGGAUAUGUAAUUAAAAGUUGGAUAUAA